AAGUUAAACCGUGAGAGGGCGCCGCUAUUUUAUGACGUCGAUGACGUAACAACCACAAUCCUACUCCUCUCUCGGACAUAUACUACCAGCUGGAGUACCUCAGUUCCCACUCAUUAUUGACACGAAUGCUUCCAGGAUGAAAACACAUGCCGGGUUGUAUGGAUGCCUCAUGGCGUGUAUCCUGGUGUCAGUGGCGAGUCAAAGGGCCCAGGAACCGUCGGAGCCAGGUCUCGCACGGUCAGGGCAUCCAUCUGCACUUUUGUGUAACGAAAUGUGUCAACACAAAGCAGUUGUCGACAAGUGCCAGUGUUCGCCCAAUGACGUGUUACCUCCAAAUCCUUGUGAGAACAAAAAGUGUCGAUUUGGCACACGAUGUACCGUCUUCGGGAAAAGGCCUGUUUGUCUCCCAAUGCCCAAGGCGUGCUUGCACCCCCAGAUGAGAGGUCUUUGCACGGGCCAAAUCAUCCGCUACUACUUCAACCACAGAUCCGGCCUCUGCGAACCUUUUGUCUACGGAGGCUGCAGCCCUAACGCCAAUAACUUCAGGACUCUGCGGCUAUGUCAAAAAAUGUGCAUGAUCAUUCAAGGCUAAAGGUGAACUACAGAAGGCACCGGCAUUUGGGACAUCAUCAUAGCAUCAUUAUCAUCUUCAUCAUUCUCACUACCCUAUGUUAUUUUAACAUUGAUGAAGCUCUGGCAACAGAACAAAUAUAUUUAAGGUCAUCAAACAUUCACCUUUCCUUUAUUUUACGUUGCUGCAAAUAUUAAAUCAAACUAGUUAGAGACGUUAUGUGCAAAUGUAUAGCUAAUUUAUAGGAGCUAAUGAUGUGGGAUAGUGAGGUCCCUUAUGAAAAGGCUGAUAUAUUUACCAUAGUUAAUUAAGAUAACUUGAUAACUGAGGUUCUUUAAAACGAAUGCAAAGCAAAAAUCACAGCUGUGGAAAUAAAUGACACGAAAUGAAAAUCAAGCCUUUGCUCAACACUCAGAGUGUUUCUCUCUUAUCUGAAACAAUAACCUUUAUCAUUGUUGAAAUAUUUGGUGCCUAUGCUAAGCGUGCAAGGCUAAAACGCCUUAAAUGAUGGCCCAGGGACUCGAAAGAUAUGCAAAACUUUAAACGUCUAUAUGUUGCGUGCCAGAAACGGUUUUGGUUCGAAUCCCGGAUCGGGAUUCUUUUUUAGGAUGUCAGCACCGUGCCCAUGCCAGUUUCGCCGAAGGGAUAUCGUUUAGGACUUGCAUCACCUUCUACCAGCAUGACGCUAACACACUUUAAAUAACUGAAAUAUUGUUCAAAUCGACUCAUUCAAAGGAGGAUCUGUUUCCAGUCUUCAUCAACAGACGCAAAAAAACAGUUCUAAAAUGUCAGAUGUUGUAAUUAUGACCCAGCAUAAAGAAGCGCAAUAUUAGACCAGGAUCUGCUGGAUAUAAAUGAGGAAUAAUAGUUGAGCGCGGUAUGUAUGUUAGCAUCGUGGAAUUAUUCAGUUACAUCAUGGGAUGUACAUAUUAGUAAGAAACAGCGAGAAAACUCUUUCCAUAUUCAUUAGAGAUAUCUUCCCAAAUCAGUGUCGACUGUACGAUUUUGGCUGCGUCAGAAACAUCACUGUUUAAUUGUGAUGAUAUGCAAAUCCUGCGCAGCUGGUACCACCUGUAAACUUGAGCAUCUUAAGCCAAAAAGGUACAAAUAAAAUUACUGACUGAUUGAGUUUGGUUUUACGCCGCUUUUAGCAAUAUUCCAGCAACAUCACGGCGGGGGACACGAGAAAUGGGCUUCACACAUUGUACCCAUGUGGGGAUUCGAACCCGGGUCUUCGGCGUGACUAGCCAACGCUUUAACCACUAGGCUACCCCACCGCCCUACAAGUAAAAUUAGGGAAGAUGAUAUCAUAUUAUAUCAUUUUUGUCAUUGACGCGUUAAGUUUGGAAUGUCCUCGACAUGUCUACCAUUAAACAUUUUGGAAGCUAUACUAGGGCCUUGAAUUUUGUAAAGUUUGAGCAAAAGUGGUAUGACAAUAGUUUAAACUUCUGUGAAAAGGGCUUGCGAGAAUGUAUCUCAAAGUUGUCUGAAUAAUGCAUGGUGCUCCAACAUAUCUGUUAUAUGAAAUAUCUCGGUGAACUUUUAACCUCGUGGGUUCGUUGGAAUUUGUUUUAAAGGAUGUUUAGAGUGUUUUGUUGACACACCUGAUUGUUGGUUCGAGUACGAAAUUCGAUCUGAUUAUAUUUCUUUAUUUGUCAGCAGCAUACCAAUGCCCCCUAAGACUGUGCGCAUGCAUAACAUCGGGCUUUAGCCUCACACCAUCAUACGCCGUGAUAUCCAUAACUGAAAUGCUGUGUUACCAUCACUCAUUCACUUGAAUUAUUCAUGGUUUCAUUAAACAUAGACGUCAGUUUGACAUGUCUUCAAGUAACAGUGUAUAUACAUUUCUUAAUUUAUAAAGUGGGCACUGCAAGGUUAAACUUGUAUGCAACAGUGUAUCCAUGUACUGAUGAAAUAAAUGUGAUUUACUAUAACAAUAAAAUAUGUUUCAAAAUA